GGGUACCAGGCUUUAUAUACAGAUACGAGUUCCGCGAGUAUAUAAUAAAGACGGCUUGCCAGGCUACAUGCAAAUGCUCCCACAGUAGGGCUGCGCAAAAAACUCCGUUGAGGGUUUCUUGCAGGUAAGUUACAGGUGAACUCGAUGGCUGAGUUUCUUACAUGUUAAUUACAUGUAAAUUUUGACAUCGCGUGACCAGUAAUGGCGUGUUUUUCAGCCAUUCGGGUACAUGUACCAAAAAUCUCGUUGACUUCAAGUGGAGUUUUGGCCCGACACGACAUCUUGACGUCCGGCGAGUGAGGUGGUGGAGAUGGAUACACGAUAGAAGCAGAGGGAGCGGAGGAGUGCAUCGGUGCUCGGCAGGCGCAUGUUCGAUCCCUUCAACCGUGGCCGAGGAUGUCCCCUUUCCCCAUCCUACAGGCCUUGUUGUGUGCGCCUUGUUUUUGCUCACCUACCACAUCGUCUGAAGUUACCGAUGUCAAUCCCUGGUAUGCAGCCUUUACAAGGGGGUCCAGCGAAUUUUGCCCUGACGUGACGUAUCGAUGUCCAGCGAGUGAGGAGGUGGCGAUGGAUACGAGGUGGAAGUGGAAGGGGCGGAAGUGUGCAUGCGUACACGGGAUGCGCAUGUCUAGUCACUGCAGUCAACGAUGGCCGAGGACGUCCUUCCUCGCCAGUCCCGCGCCAUACCUUGUCUACAGCAUUUUCUCCAGCUAGCGCGGUGUCAAGGCCAGUUCCGGGGAUUCAGCAUCAGCAAGAUCAGCGACUACCAUCCACUAUGGCUGACGUGCGGUGGAGGAGUGGAAGUGUGAAUCGAUGCGCGCCAAUCACUUCAAUAUGAGCGAGAACGAGGAUGUCCCUUUCUGUCCGUUCCCGUGUCGAUUCGCCCUCUUUUUCCUACUGCCGAGCAAUGGCCAUCUCGUCUUCAACAUUACCAUGGGGAUACGAUGUCGGUUUGCAGGGAGGGGUUGCUGGGGGAUGUCAUUGGGGUGGGAUUGUCGGAAGGGUGAUUUUAAUUUUUUUUUUUCGCGCUGUGUCGAUGUGCUGAUGAAUUCGGCAGCCAUUCUACAACGUCUUCAUUGGGGUAGAGCGACGUGAAUGUCCAAGUCGUGGUAACUUAACGGCUCAAGACAUGACAGCAUCAGACCA